AUGGUUUUACAAGAACACAUUGAACAAUAUGGUAAUUACUUACAAGGGGAUUCCGAUUUUGUGGAACCAUUUUUAAGUGGGUCUCAAAAUCCUUCAAUGCCCAUCCAGCCUAUACCGGAAGUUGAAAUUGUCACCCCUAAUCCAACAAAACGUGGUGGCAACUUCAGUGUAGAUGAGGACCUCCUCCUCAUCGCUGCAUGGCUUAACAUUGGCAUGGAUGCUGUGCAUGGUACUGAUCAAAAGGGUGAUAAAUUUUGGGAGAAAGUGUGGGAGUUUUUUUGCAAGAAUAAUACUUAUGGAACCACACGUACUAGUACCUCCCUAUCAAGUCGAUGGGGAAAUAUUAAUAGGGAGACAAGUAGGUUUGCUGGGUUCAUGGCGAAAGUUGAAGCCCGAAAUAGAAGCGGUACGACUGAUGAGGACAAGUUGAAAGAAGCAAGGGAUAUAUAUCAAGCUACACCAAAUUCAAAAACCGGCAAAAAGGUAGCUUUUGCUUUUGAACAUUGUUGGGUUGUGUUGAAGAACCAACCAAAGUGGAGUAUGCUUAAGGAAAGAUCAAAAGGGCUCCCUCAAACUCAAAGUUCAGUCAAUCAAGUUGAUAGCAAUGAUGAUGAUACAGUGGUGCUAGAGAGACCAAUUGGUCGAAAAGCCGAAAAGGCUAAGCGAAAGAGGAUAGAUGGUGAUAAGGGCUUUGAUGAUUAUUUGGAAAAAAAAUUGCGCUAUAUUGAAGCAUCACAUGAACAAGACAAAGAGGCUCUUCGCAUCAAAGCGGAAAGGCUUCGUCUUGAAACUAUUAGGGAGGAGGGAAGAAUAAUGACUAUGGAUACAAGUAGCAUGAAUGACAAGGAAAAACUUUAUUUUGAAAAUCUCAAGGAUCAAAUCCUUGCAAGACAAGUUGGGUUUGACCCAAGGAACAUGUAG